UUGGAAGCUUUGGGGUGCUUUUAGAGGAUAGUUAGAGACAAAACAGUGGAAUUUAUCACCUCUUAAGUAAGAUUUUACACACAAUCAACACGUUAAGGUCAGGAGCGCGACCCAGAGAGGGCGAGAUGCGAGCUUCCAUUAGAAAUAUGGACUAAGGACAAUAACGAGGAACAGCUCCUGUCUCCAAGUAAGACCUCCAACUUUCAUGUUUCAUCUAAGACUUUUAUGAACUUCGAAAACAGGGGUGCCUGCAGAUGACAGUUUUGAUUCCUGGGACUUUUUCACACACUUUUACGCACGCCUGCGCACCGGUCGAUGUGCACUAAGUGAGAAACUUUCGAAGCCUGGUCAUGCUGUUGUGACUAAAACAGCAGAGGGAGACGACUGAUGGUUGGAAUAUACUUCUGACCAACAACAACAAACAAAAAAAAAGAGAGCGGGAGAGAACAGGGGGGCAGUAAAUCAGGAAGAGAGCGCUCAGCAAAGUGAAGAGAGGACAACACAAGCCGGUGUCUCCAAAGUCAGCGGGCUCCAGUUACAGCCGCUUCAGGGGCUCCUGCUAUUAAAGCCUUCAUCUGACCUGGGAUAAGUUGUCAACAAGAGCUGCGAGCGGAGGCGAACUGGCAGGUGUACAAGUUCAUUUACAUGCGGACGUAUAUUCGCUCCGCUAUAUAUAGAAGCGGCCUGUCGAACGCGCAGCCUUUAUAAGUUUCUCCUCCCACCCACCGGGCCUGCAGCACUUCCACGCACCGGGCGUGUGCGUGUGCCUAUAUAUACACCAUACAGGCUUUUAAUUCCCUUCGCAAUCUGCCCGCUGUCGGUUUGGCUGUGAGGCCAGGUGUCGUCGCAUGGACUGACAUGGCCACCGACCUCGCCAUGAGCGCGGAGCUGCCUAACAGCCCUCUGGCCAUUGAGUACGUCAACGACUUCGAUCUGAUGAAGUUUGAGGUGAAGAAGGAGCCGCUGGAGGCCGACCGCUUCUGUCAUCGCCUGCCCUCCGGCUCACUGUCCUCCACGCCAAUCAGCACCCCCUGCUCCUCCGUGCCUUCCUCGCCCAGCUUCUGCGCUCCGAGCCCGGGCGCGCAGCCCAACCAGGGCCUACCCGGUGGCGUGAACGGAGGCAGCAACAGCAACAACAGCAGCGGCAACAACAAUCACAACAACACGGGCAAGCCUCAGCUGGAGGACCUGUACUGGAUCCCCAGCUACCAGCACCACAUCAACCCAGAGGCGCUGAAUCUGACCCCGGAGGACGCAGUGGAGGCCCUGAUAGGCAACGCUCACCAUCACCACCAUCAUCACCAGGCCUACGACGGCUUCCGCGGGCAGCAGUACGUCGGAGAGGACCUGUCCGCGACCUCGGCCGCGCACCACCAUCAGGCCCACCAUCAUCACCAUCACCACCACCACGGCCACCACAGCCGCCUGGAGGACCGUUUCUCGGACGAGCAGCUAGUGAGCAUGACUGUGCGGGAGCUGAAUCGGCAGCUGCGGGGCUUCAGCAAGGAGGAGGUGAUCCGCCUGAAGCAGAAGCGACGCACCCUGAAGAACCGCGGCUACGCGCAGUCCUGUCGCUUCAAGCGCGUCCAGCAGCGGCACAUGUUGGAGACCGAGAAGUGCACCCUGCAGAAUCAGGUGGAGCAGCUGAAGCAGGACGUGGCGCGCCUUGUCAAAGAGCGGGAUCUGUACAAGGAGAAGUACGAGAAGCUGGCCAGCCGGACCUACAACUCCGGCGGGCCCGCGAACACAAGAGAUCCGUCUGGGAAACAGGCCAGCACCGACUACUUCAUGUGAAAGACAUUACAGCCCUUGCCUCUACCCUCUUCUGACUCUAAAGAUCUUUUCUGAUUUGUGUUUACGGUUAUUCCUCAACAAAAAAAAAGACGUUUAAUCUCAUCUUCUUAACAAAUAAAGGUUAGGUGCGCACAAGCGUCACAUCUGUGAGUCUUAAAGUUGUUAAACUUCUGCAAGUCCACAACAAACCAGUCAGGUCGGCACACGGGAUCACUUUCAGUCUGCAGACCCUUUUCCUGUCAGAAGUCUUAUAAACCAAUGACUGUCUUAAUCCAGAGAGAGCGCUGCGUUUGUGUUAGAAGAAGGCAGAAGCAUCAGCACAGACCGCUGGAGGAGAAUGCGCUGUGACGCACAGACUCUCAGUAAUGCAAGUGUAAUAGUCCUCUCAUCCUUUUGCAACCCUGCAUGCAGGACAUGUAUGGUAACCUUCAGCCAAAUCCCCUCCACAUAUGUAUGGAAAGCAUGACCCAUGGGUUCUCCCCCAUCCAUGCAUCCCUUCCUCUGCCAUCUGUAAGGCCUGGGUAUGCAGAAAAGCCCCCGCGAGAGGUGUGAACUGAAGUGCAAAAAAACAAAACAAAAAAAAAACAACAAAAAACAAUCUGCUUCACUGCAAAACUUAUGGAUGCGUCUCUACCUGCUUUUUUCAAUCAGUUUUUUCUAUUAUUUUAAAAGGAAAAGAAAAACGACAAAAAGAGAUUACCUGAGCCAGAUUUUAGACUGUAUUUAUUUCCACCUGUAUAUAUUAUGUAGAGAAAAAAACAAGCAGUGAUCUGUGUUGUUUUAUCUUUGCUCUUUUUAAGGCUUUUGUUGCUUGGAUUCUUCGAAAUGUCUUAAUCCAAAUGUUUGUAUGUUACAGCAUGCAAAUUGUCUGUGGUAUCCUCCUCCUCCUGCUGAACAUGUUGAACCUGCACUAAAGAGCAAACUGGAGAUAUGUUUUGUUUUUAACCUGGAUGUAAAUUUGAUUUAAAGGAUGGGAAAGGACUGCUGCUAAAACUCUAUGCACCAAUCUGAAGAUUAAAAAGAUUUAAUGAUUUAUUUUCUCUCUCUCUGUUUUUUAAUUUUCAUUUUAGAUAAUGAGUUGUUGGGCCUGCGGGGUUUCCCUUGCAGCCCGGUGUCUUAAGAAGGGGAGGAUGCUUGAUUGUUAGAAAAACUAACGGGACAUUUUGCCAUCAUUACUCUGUCAAAAAGUUCGUGUGUCAUCUGCUGUCUAGAUAUAUGUGCAAUAUUGUGCAGAAGCGUUCUGGUGUUUGAAUAAAAUAAAAUCGUUUUUUUCAUGUCAAAAUUCUAUCAUAGAAUUUACAGUAAUUUCCGACCAAUUAAAUAAAUCAUUUUUAAUAGACCUUUGAAAAUCAGUAUAAUUGGAUCGGUAUUUGGACUCAGACUUCUGCACAGUGCUGUGGAUGUAUAUCUGUACAUAUGAUUUCUACAUUUAUCUAACGGACCUGUCCUGAUCUGUUAGCAAGUGGAAACAUCUGCAAAGUGGGAAAAAAAAAGUGUUUGAGAAACUCUUGUUUUCAUAUUGUUUAAUAAAAAGUUC